UUAAACAUUUUUCUGAGCGUUUCCGGCCCAAUUUAUUAUCAAAAAGUUAUAAUUUGUAAGUAACUUUCGUAGCAAACACGCCGCGGUGACACAAAGCGGGUUUUGCACGCUUUGUUGUGUUUAUUUGAUUGAUUUUCGUCUCUUUAAUCGCACCCCGGACAGGUUUUCCACCCAGAAUGCAUUCUGACAAAGCCUUUGAAAAAGCGGCGCGGCUAAUUCAAGAUGGCGGAGAUGGACCAGCUGUUAGACGAGAGCUCCUCGGCUGAGGCACUGGUCAGUCUAAAAG